AUGACGCAAUCCCGAGCGGGCUCCCGCAGCCACUGCCACCUCGGCCCCGCGCCACAGCACUUCCUCAUUUCUGGUCCUGAACCCUUCAAGCUGAACCGCUCCUACUUCCUCGCCGCCCUCGCCCUCGUUCUCGCCGUCCUGGGCGCCCACACCACCAUGACUACCAUGAGCAGCCUUUUCACGCGCUUCAUGCGCCCAUUCUCUUCCGGUCCGCUGCGCGCCGUCGAGAACGGCGCCACCGGCGUCGCUGGCGGAACCCAUCAGAAGGCAACGAUUGCGGCUGGCUGCUUCUGGGGGGUAGAGCACACAUACCGCAAGUCUUUCGCGAGCAAGGGCCUCAUCGACGCGCGUGUCGGAUACAUCGGUGGCGAUUCGAAGAACCCUAGCUACAGGCAGGUCUGCGGAGGCGACACUGGCCAUGCGGAAGCCCUGCAGGUCACCUUUGACCCGGAGAAGGUCUCGUACAGACAGCUCAUCGAGUACUUUUAUACCAUCCACGACCCGACGCAGCUGAACCGACAAGGCCCCGAUCGUGGCACACAAUACCGUAGCGCCAUCUUCUUCCACUCGCCCGAGCAAGAAGCCAUCGCCAAGGAUGUCACUGAACGUGCCAACAAGGAGUGGUGGGACGGCAAGAUUGCCACGCAGCUUGUGCCUGCGGGUGAUUGGUGGGACGCCGAAGCGUACCAUCAACUCUAUCUCGAGAACAACCCUGGUGGUUACGAGUGCCCCACGCACUUCAUCCGGAAACUCCCGCCGUUGAGCCAGCCCGAGAGUUCCUGA